UAUCUCUGCGACGUUACGACUUAUAAAUGAUGUCUCUUUAGCUGACAACACUUUGAUUAAUGACGACAAUAGGGCCGCGUACGUUACUAUCAUAUUUCUAUGUUAUGGAACAUUGUGUCACACCGGUCUGACUGACCUGUGUGAAUGCGCGCUAAGCAUUGUGGGAAACGGACUUUCUCCAUCAUGGCGUUGGUAAACAUAAUAAACACGGAAGUGAAAAAUGGUAAUUAAUUAUUAUCAAAAGCAAGCCCCAUCAAACCGGACCAGCUGUAAUAUAUAUUUGGAUGCAGUUUGUGCUUCAAAAGGAACAACUUUUCAUGUCAGUCUAUUGUUUGUAAGAAUCACUAAACACGUAGAUCUAACAUGUAACUUAGACUAACUAAAGUCUAAACACGUUGCAAGACUGUAUCUUCGAAAUAGUAAAUAAAUCUAAAUCAUAAAUAAAUAUUAUAUUUAUAAUUAAAUACCUGCUGAAAUUUGAGAACGUAAACGAUUUAAAAUAAACGCUGUGAACAUUCCAAGGAAUCGUACGUGUAGGCCUACUGUGUGAGAUGAUUAAUCAGGGAUAAAAUAAAAUGGAGUUCGAAGGAUCUAACAUUUUGAGGAGGACGUCAUGGUAUCUUGGACAUUUGGCACUUUCAUAGAUUUAUUUAGUAGAUACUGAAAACGCUGAAUGUGCUAAUUGCAACAUCAAAUGCUAAUUGCAACAUCAAAGACAAGCAGGGUACUAUGUAACUGUUUCCGUGAUCACCAGGACGUGGAGAACAUACUCUCGUUUGCACAUAAAUUGAAGGGCAAACCCGAACUCGGUAUAAACAGGGAUUACCCAAAUGAAAUAGUUGAGGCCAGGUCCCGCAUUUGGCCGAAAUUCAAAGAAAUGAAGGCUGCGAAUCCCCCACGUACAGUACAUAUUGGUUACCCAGCCAAACUAAUUGUGCAGAAAAAGGUAGUGAUUGAUGAGUUCCCCGACUGGAGAGAAGUACUACAAACGUCUAGACUAAAACAUAAACAAACUGACCUUAACAAACAUGGAAACAUCACGACGCCAAACAGUUCUGAGCUCCCAACUCAGAAUAGGUUCGGAUGCUGUAUGGAAACCGGUUCAGCGAGUAGUGAGAGCGAUUCCCAAACCCCCGAUAUCGAGACCGAGGAAGAGGUCGACCAAUACAGCCAGGUCAUGCGGGACUACGAACACAGGAAACAGAAACAGUAUGUCUCUUCAAUAAACUUUUCACCGACGCCACCGAAUGAUAAACCCCCAACGCUACAGAGUGAUAAACCCCCGGAAAUAGCGACGACUUAGGAUGUUGGGGGCGAUGUCCCGAUCAACAGCUUUGACUGUAAGAAACGCCAACAUAUUAAUAUGAAAACUCUUAAAUUGGGUUCGCUUAAUGUUUGCGGCCUUAAAAGGCGUUCGAACUUUCCAGAAUUUAUCUCCCUUAUACAUGACUAUGACAUAUUCCUUGUAUCGGAAUCUAAACUUGAUCAGUAUGAUGUGAUCAAAAUUGACGGUUACACUUACAUUAAUAUACCUAGAAAGCAAAAAACACUUAGAAAAUCUGGCGGCAUAGGAGCAUUUGUUAAAAACUGUAUACUUCCAUAUAUUGAAGUGAUUGAAACCCAAUGUGACUACUUAAUGUGGUUAAAAUUAUCUAGUAAAUUUACAAAUUUAGACGAGGAUCUAUUAUUUGGUACAGUCUAUGUGCCUCCAAUGACGUCGCGUUUUUAUAACAAUGAUGAAUAUGAAAUGUUUGAACACGAAAUUUCAAAUAUAUGUAACAAAUAUUCAUAUGUAUAUUUAUUUGUAUUAAAAAACACUUCCAAAUUCAUGCAAAUACUAAUGAAUACAGUUUCUAGAUAAUCUAAUUAUUUCCAAGAACUUAAAAAUUACUUUACUAAUUUAUAAACAUUGUUAUAUGUCUCUUCCAUGCAUAUAGCAGCAUAUUAUAUAAGUUGAGUUGUACACGCAUAGUUAAUUUUACUUCUCAAUGCAAGAAAAUGUCACACUGUGUUGUAUAACAUGAUCAUCUUUUCAAGUGCCUAUGCACUACAAUAAUCCUAUAGUUACAAGUAUUGUAAUAUAUCACUAUGAUACUAUUUUUUAUUUAAUUUUUGCAAGAAAAUGUCGCAAUGUGUUGUAUAACAUGAUCAUCUUUUCAAGUGCCUAUGCACUACAACAAUCCUAUAGUCACAAGUGCUGUAAUAUACCUCUAUGAUACUAUAUUAUUGAUUUAAGUUUUGCUCCUAAACUUAUGCGCAUGCAUAGCAUGUAUUUUUAACAGUGCAUCCUUGUUAUAGUGUAAGACACAUAUUAAGAACUACAUGUACUGAUUUUCUUUACCUAUUGUGCAUUCAGCCGCCGUUUGUUUUGUUGCAAUAUCGAGGUUGAAAUAUUUUGUACCAUGUUCAAUUAAUUUUGUUGUACAGACAUCAUAACUACCUUUCCGGCAGUAUCCUAGCUCACGGAGUGUAUAUUGACAGGAGAUGAAUCGAGUAUUUGACCCUUACUGUAGUAAAUUCAAUCUUAUGCAAGACCUAUUCAUCCGAUUUUAUUGGUUUAUACGUUAUCUUGUUGCUUAUUAAUUCCUCUUUCAAAAAAUAUAACUUUUAGUAUAUUCCCGUUGUUAUUAAUGGAUUUAUAGCGAGUUAAACACAAGAAAUACACAUUUUAUGUUUUACCACCGCGCGUUUUAACGUGUUGUGGCUAUCGAUCUUUUACGAUUAGCGUACAGCGAAGUGCCGAGGUUAUACAUUUUGAUGUACCCACUCACGUCUUUUGUUAAAUUAUAGUUUCAUUUCUCGGCCGAUUUUGACAAAUUAUAUAUCAUUAGAAAGCUUACGUUACGUAGUAAACAGAUAUAUCAAUAUA